GGUGGACACAACACCUUGCCACUCUCAACUUGCAAGCUGGUUGCUCCUGCUGCUUGGCAAAGGACUGCGCACCCGAUCUUUUGAUCAAGGCUGCUUUCUGUUCGGUAACCGCAGCAUCGACCAGCGCUAUGCUGGCCCGCAUUGCCCUGGUGGUGAUCGUGGCAACAGCCAUUGUAGCUGCCCAAAAUUCAACCGUCACCACGACCAUGGCACCGGUGACAAAGCAGCCUUUUCGCCUCGGUCUGCUUGAUAACUAUGCGCGCACGCGUGCUGUCGAGGAAAUGAAAGUCACCAUGGAGUUGCUGGGCCUCGACGUUGAUAUCAUCGUCGCGCCACACGCUACCAUCCGAGACCUCGCCCGCAUUGGCAAGCUAGACGCCACCUACACACCCAGCGAUCUGUUCGUGUGCAUGGCCACCGAGUAUGGUGUCACUCCUUUGGCAGGCGUCGUGCGCCGCCUCAACGAUGUGGAUGUGGCCUAUUCGGGUGGCGUCAUGUUUACCUCUAUUCACAGCAGUGUCAAGAGCAUUGACGACUUCAAAGGCAGGGUCUUGGCUGCCAUCGGGCGCGAUUCGCUUCUCGGGUUUCAAGCUCAACGCCAUGAGCUCUGGAAGCAAGGCCUCAACGUCUAUGAGCUGUUCCCCCAGGUCAUUUACACCGGCGAUGCCGAACAAGUCGUUUGGGAGGUUCUCAACGGCACUGCGGACGUGGGAUUUGUCACAAGUGGCGUGAUCGAUGCCAUGGUAAAGCAGGGUCUUGUGUUCACGCCAGACAUCAACUUUCUCAACGAGUACAACCAUCGUUUUGCUAGUGGCGAAGCUUACCCUUUUCGUUGCUCCACGGGUCUAUUUGGUGUGUCGGAUCUUUUCGAGUUUAACGCAAGUCAUUUCGAAGCGCUCGGCUUGAACGGAAUUAGCUAUUUCCGCCCACCCCUCGCGUACAUCAAUACGCUGGGCUUGCUGGAGGAUUUGACAAUCAUGGUCGAGGAUGAGUCAUACCAAAAAAGCUGCGAAAAAAUGAGCUCGAGCACGGCAGACGUGGUCUGCGCGUUUGGUUGGACUCAAGCCAAAGACGUUUCCUGUGACACCACAAGCCUGUACUCCUGCCCUGAGCGCGAGGGUUUCAACUACACUUGUGUUUGUGAACCUUGUGUCCAGAUUUGUCCCUCCGACGAAACCUACACCAUGGACGGAACGUGCCGUUGCAAAACCGGCUUCGUGCGAGUCGGCGCCUCUUGUUUCGAGCUUGGCGUCUUCAUUGUGCAAGUCAUUGUUCCCAUUGCACUGCUGGUGGGUCUUUUGAUUGUGUAUCUUCUCUACCGCCAGCGCCUCAAAGCCGACGGCAUUUGGCAAGUUGAUCCCAGUGAGCUGGUCAUUGAACAGCCAGCUGAGGUCUUGGGUUCAGGAUCCUUUGGUGUUGUGCUGGCUGCCAAGCUCCGCGGGCAAAUGGUGGCUGUCAAGCGUGCUUAUGUCAGCAAGCACGGCAAGUUUCGAACCUCCAGCAAGACCACCGAAAGCAUCAUGAAGAGUGGUACCAAUAACGCGUAUGGCUUGCCCUUUCGCUCCCACCGACAACAAACGGGCAAAAGCAAGGAGCGCACGGCCCGGCAACUCGUGCGCAACGUGUUUGCAGAAGCCGAGGCCGUGGCCGAAAAGCUUGGAAGCACCCACGGCUCGACCAAUCGAUCGGGCCGGGCAACGACCAUGUCUCGACGCCCUUGGUAUGAGCGUUUGUUCGGCCCUUCUGCUGAGACGCGCGCUCGGCGCCAGCUCUUUCGUGAGAUGCGCUUGCUGAGCCGCAUGCAGCAUGACAACAUUUGUCGCAUGAUGGGCGCCGUUGUCGAGUCGGGCAUGGAGCCUUUGAUGAUUCUGGAGUACAUGGAAAUGGGCUCACUAUACAGCAUGCUUCACAACGAGGCCAUGGAUCUGGACGAUGACUUUCGCUACAACGCACUUCAUGACAUUACCAGUGGAAUGCGAUAUCUGCACAACGCAGAUCUUAUUCACGGCGAUUUGAAGGCUUUGACGAAGGCUCACGACCAGAACACACCGCAGAAUUGCUUGGUGGACAGCAAAUUCCACGUCAAAGUGUCCGACUUUGGCAUGGCAGGCUUCGCCUCGGAGCAUAGCCAGCGCGGCGGCACACUUUCAUGGAUGGCACCCGAGCUGCUCCAGGGCGGCAUUACCACCUUUGAAAGUGAUGUUUACAGCUUUGGCAUCGUCAUGUUUGAGAUUUUUGCUCGCGAAGAUCCCUAUGAGGAUGUGGAGUAUGACACACAGAUGCUUGUGCAAAACAUCGUGCGCCGAAAGCUACGCCCAACGCCACCUUCCAGCAUGCCUCCGGAGUUUGCGGUCCUCAUGAAUGAGGCAUUGGCUUCCGACCCAGACACCCGGCCCACCUUUAUCGAGCUGAUGCGUCGCAUUGAACCUCUCGAGGGCAAGAUGAAGGUCAAUGCGCGCAAGGGUGCCUUUCAGGACAACGCCCUGUUGGAACAAGUCUUCCCCAAACACAUUGCCACGGCCCUCCGCGAGGGCCGAACUAUCGAGCCGGAGCACCAUGCCGAGGUGACCAUCUUCUUCUCGGACAUUUGUGGCUUUACGGACAUGAGCGCUACCCUGGAGCCGGUGCAGGUGUCCAACAUGCUGGAUCGCCUGUACACGGUGUUUGACAAGCUGUGCGACAAGCACGGACUGUACAAGAUUGAGACGAUUGGGGACGCGUACAUGUGCGUGGGCAACCUGUUUACGCCCCAGCCGGAUCAUGCGGCGCGUGUGGCGCGGUUUGCGAUGGAUGCGCUGGCGGGGGCCAAUGCGAUUCCGAUCCUGGAGGACGAGCCGGAUGGCGACCACAUUGACAUUCGUGUGGGCUUCCACAGCGGGCCCGUUGUGAGCAAUGUGGUGGGGACGCUGACGCCGCGAUUCUGUCUGUUUGGAUCCACUGUGAACUGUGCGUCGCGGAUGGAGAGCAACAGCGUGCGGAACUGCAUUCACAUGUCACCGGAGGCGGCGGCGCUGGUGCAGAAGCAGGAUGUGUCGCUGAACGUGAUUCGUCGUGAUCCUGUUGUGACGAUCAAGGGCCUGGGCAAGAUGCAGACGUACUGGCUAGGACAUGCACCGCCGAGUGAAGCAAGCAUGGAAGUGCCAGUGAAUCGCAAAUCGCGCAAGUCACAAUUCAGUGUGGCUUCGAUGCGCAGUCUGGCCUCGGUUCCCAACUCGCGCAGGCCUUCAAACAUUCGGGAUUUGGUGGUCCCUCCUUCGCCCAUGGCCCCGCAGGUUAUGUUUGACAGCGUGGCUGUGGAUAUUAUUUCCGACGAGCCUUUGGUGAAGGAACAACAACAUCUCAUCGGCUCACCCCUUUCCAAAUCAGCUGUGACGCUCAAGAUUGAUGACGAUAGCAGCUGCGCCAAGUCGACGGAUACGGACCUCACCGCAGCUAGCGUGGUGGAUAUUGAGCUCGUUAUGGACAGCAGCAAAAGAGACGAUCAUCAUUCGCUUGCCUCUUCGAUACUCUUGAGUGCCCACAACGGUCCUGGCUUGCAUUGGCAGCCGAAGGCAGAGAAGGAGAACAACUACAACUACUACUACUACUACUACUACUACUACUACUACUACUACUACUCCUAUUACUUCUACAACGACAACAACAACACGCUUCUCUCUCGCCGCCGUUUCUUCAUCUUGCUUGGCUACCACAUUGCACGCAAGGACAUCGAUGCCACUAUGUAUCUUCUCAACAUCGAACCCAAAUACGUGAUUGGCACUGCCACAGAAGUCCGUGAGCUGGCCCGUGUGGGCAAGAUUGAUCUUGCCUUUACACCAAGCGAUCUCUUUGGCUGCAUGGCUGCUGAGUACAACAUUGCCCCUGUGGCAACCAUUGUGCGCCGAUUCAAUGGCGUGGAUGUGUCCGACUCUGCUGGCGUCAUCUUCACUCGCCACGAGCUCAAGAACAUCAAAACAAUCGAAGACAUCAAGGGCAAGACGGUGGCUGCUAUGGGCUUUGAUUCCCUCUUUGGAUUUCAAGCCCAGCGCUACGAAAUGUACCGUGCUGGCAUGAUACUCUUCGACGAGGUCCCCGAGGUUAUCUUUACUGGAAAUUUUUUUCAAGUCGUCUGGGAGGUCCUCAAUGGCACCGCCGACGUUGGUUUUGUGCAGAGUGGUAUCAUCGAAGAAAUGGUCGAGGCCGGUCUGAUUCACACGCCUGAUAUUCGAUUUAUUAAUGAGUACAACCAUCGCCUGCGCAAUGGCGUCCCAUAUCCGUUUCGUUGCUCCACUGAUCUCUACGGCGACUGGGUCCUGUCUGCCAUUACCCAUUUGAGUGAAAAUGUAAGACUGCCGGAUAUUCAAGGUCCUGUGGCAUCCCUCUUUCAGUUCAACAACUCGUUUUAUAAGAAGGCCAACGCUGCCACACUCAGCUAUUGGCGCCCUCCCCUGGCCUACAUGAACACCAUUGAUCUGCUUGAGGACUUGAGCUUGUUGCAAACCGUCGACGGCGUCAAGAAUUGUGCCAGCAUGAACUCCGACUCAACUGACAUUGUCUGUCCAUUUGGUUUCAAGCAGGCCAAAGACAUGUCCUGCAGUGCCGCCAAGGGUUAUUCAUGCCCCUAUCGUCCCGGCUACAACUACACCUGCGUGUGCAGGCCCUGCAUCAGAGCUUGUGGAGAGUUGGAGACGUACUCGAUCGAUGGCUCUUGUACUUGCAGCAACGGUGCCAUCAAGGUCAUUGGCGUCUGCCAACCACUCGGCGUCUUAGCCGCCAUCAUCCUGGGCCCCGUCAUUGUCUUUGUUGCCGUUCUGAUCUUGUACCUGGUUCACCGCCAACAUCUCAAGGCAGAUGGCAUCUGGCAAAUCAAUCCCAGCGAGCUCAUUCUGGAACAACCUCCCGAGGUGCUGGGAGCUGGCUCCUACGGUGUGGUCCUUGCCGCCAAGCUGCGUGGCCAAAUGGUGGCCGUCAAGCGUGCUUAUGUUAACAAAAGCAACAAGUAUCGCCAUGCAUCACGCACCAACACCACCAAUGCCAGCACCUCGUCUGGGUUCCAUUUUGGCGGACACAACCAAUCUCGGGCUCGCGAUCGCAGUGCGCGUUUGCGCAUGCGAAACUUUUUCAUCGAAGCCGAAGCUGCCGCUGCCGAGUUUAGCAGCCAUGGUCACUCUGCUGCGCGAUCCACCCACGCGACUCGCGCCGCCAAGCCGUGGUGGGUGCGCAUUUUUGGUCCUUCCGCCGAGACACGUGCGCGUCGCCAACUUUUCCGUGAGAUGCGCCUGCUGAGCCGCAUGCAGCAUGACAACAUCUGCCGCAUGCUGGGCGCCGUUGUCGAAUCAGGCAUGGAGCCUCUGAUGGUGCUGGAAUGCAUGGAGAUGGGCUCUCUCUACAACAUGCUCCACAACGAAGCCAUGGAUUUGGAUGACGACUUCCGCUAUAACGCCCUUCACGACAUUAUUAGUGGCAUGCGUUACUUGCACAAUUCCGACCUGGUUCACGGUGACCUCAAGGCCUUGAACUGCUUGGUGGACGGCAAAUUCCAUGUGAAGGUGUCUGACUUUGGCAUGGCCGCCUUUUCGGAUGAACACUCCCAGCAGGGUGGCACCCUGGCCUGGAUGGCGCCUGAGCUUUUGCAGGGUGGCAGCACCUCAUUUGCCAGCGACGUGUACAGCUUUGGCAUUGUCAUGUUUGAGGUCUUUGCUCGCGCGGAUCCCUAUGAUGAUGUGGAGUACGACUCGGAGACCCUGGUACAAAACAUUCUGCGCCGCAAGCUUCGCCCUGCUGCCCCACCGAACAUGCCCAACGAAUAUGCCGUCUUGAUGAACGAAGCUCUCUCGACGGAUUCCGAAACGCGUCCUACAUUUAUCGAGCUGCUCCGCCGCACUGAGCCUCUCGAGGGCAAAAUGAAGGCCAAUUCUCGCAAGACACAUGCCACCCUCCAAGACGAUGCGCUCCUGGAGCAGGUCUUCCCCAAGCACAUUGCAGCAGCCUUGCGCGAGGGGCGCACUGUCGAGCCGGAACAUCAUGCCGAGGUGACCAUCUUUUUCUCGGACAUUUGUGGCUUUACGGACAUGAGCGCUACGCUGGAGCCGGUACAGGUGUCUAACAUGCUCAACCGUCUCUACACCGUGUUUGAUGCCCUUUGCGACAAGCACGGACUGUACAAGAUUGAGACGAUUGGGGACGCGUACAUGUGCGUGGGCAACCUGUUUACGACACAGCUGGAUCAUGCAGCGCGGGUGGCGCGGUUUGCAAUGGACGCUAUGGAAGCCGCCAACGCCAUUCCGAUUCUGGAGGACGAGCCGGAUGGCGACCACAUUGACAUUCGUGUGGGCUUCCACAGCGGACCUGUUGUGAGCAAUGUGGUGGGAACGCUGACGCCGCGAUUCUGUCUGUUCGGAUCGACUGUGAACUGUGCGUCGCGAAUGGAGAGCAACAGCGUGCGAAACUGCAUUCACAUUUCACCGGAGGCGGCGGCGUUGGUGCAGAAGCAGGAUGCUUCACUCAAAGUGAUCAAGCGCAACCCGAUCGUGACGAUCAAGGGCUUGGGCAAGAUGCAGACGUUCUGGCUGAACCAGGCCCCCGACACGAUGGAGGCUGAGGCUGCAGCCAAGAACAAGCGCCGCUCACACGUGAGUGCCUUUUCGGUGGCCAGUAUGGCCAGUCGCGUCUCCAGCGUGCAAUACCUGAAGGAAGCGGACGAUAGCAAGAUUGACUCUGUGAGCGUAAUUCUCGACAAUGUGUCGAGCAAAAACCGCCGUCGAUCUUCGGCCACUUCGGCACGCGCCAAACCCCGCGCAAGCCCCAAGCUCCAGAGUGAGCUCUGGGAUAUAUUUCUAACCGCGCACGCUUGGUAUCGUCUCUCUCUCUCUCUCUCUCUCUCUCUCUCUCUCUCUCUCUCUCUCUCUGUCUCUCUCUCUCAUUCUCGAAAUUGAAUGCACUUGACGAUUG